AACCUCUAAAACCUUCUAAGAAUCUAUUCAGUAAGAAUCUCAGAGAUGGUCAGGGAGAGAAGUGAGUUCAAUGUGUCACCUGAUUACGCAGUGACAUGAGCGGCCGGAUACAUGACAUCUUCUCCAGCCGCUGCACAACCAUUCCGCUCGGCUGGGCUUAAUUUCAACCAUCGAGCGAUGCGUAAAACUCAGAUGCAUGAGAUGCCUACGAUGGAGUAAGACAUGAAUGUUCUUUGAUCGUGAAAUUUAGUGCAGUGAAACUUAUUGAAAGCAAAGAAAUACUAACAAUGAGUACAGGGCCGAGCGUGUCCACUGCGGCAAGCAGCGAAGAUGAGAAGAAAGAACAUAGGCUUGUUGAUGUCAUGUUCCUCUGCGACGAGUGGAAAUCUUCGAAGGGUGGCUUAUCAACUUUCAAUCGAGAAUUUGCUAUUAAUUUGGCAGAAACAACGACUGGUAGCAUGAAAAUCCACUGCUACGUUUCGAAAAGCGAUGAUCGAGACAGAGAGGAUGCCAAACAACAUGGCGUAAAUUUAGUCACAGCUAGAAGUGUUCCUGGUUCAUCCGACCCCUUCGAGUGUUUGAAGUUUCCACCCUCCGAGCUCCCAAACCCACAGCUAGUGAUAGGCCAUGGAAGAAAGCUGGGUAGUCCCGCAUAUUCCCUUAUGCAGUAUACAAAGUGUAAGUGGAUUCAAUUUGUCCACGUUUACUGUGAAGACCUGGGGAAAUACAAGAAAACAACAGCAGUUGCAACAGAUACAAUUGAAGAGAACGAAAAGAAGCACAAGAUGGAAAUUGACUUGUGUAAAGUAGCGGAUGCGGUCGUCGCUGUUGGAUCCCGUCUGCAACAGAAGUACAGUAGAAGUCUGCCGAAUGUCAAAGUGGAGAUUAUUACUCCUGGAAUCUUUGAAAAGUUUUCCAGUGAAUCACAGUUCGCUAUACAUCGAUCAGAUGUAAAGAACUUUAACGUGUUCUUGUUUGGCCGAGCUACCUUUGAGGAUCUCUCCCUUAAAGGAUACGAUAUUGUCGCAAAUGCCAUAGGUUCUCUUGGUAAGAGGUUUGAGUUGAAGUUUGUUGGCUCAUCUCCUGGUGAACAUCAAAAAGUUGAGCAAUGGUUUCUUGACAACACUCGCAUCAAUCGCAACCAACUAACCAUCCGUGGAUAUUGCAGUGAUCCAGAGGAACUUAGGACGAUGUUCUAUCAGUCAGACUUGGUUGCUCUGCCUUCACGUACCGACGGCUUUGGGCUUGUCGCGCUCGAAGCCGUUUCUGCUGGUAUUCCUAUACUUGUUUCUGGUGAAUCUGGCAUAGCUGAGGCUUUGAGAGAAGUUAAAGGUGGGAAAACUGUUAUUGUUGAAUUGGAUGAAGAUACAGAUGAAUGGGCACGAAGGAUUAGUAAGAUGGCUAAAAAAAGUGCAGAAGAAAGAGAAGCUAAGGCCAGACGGCUUAGAAAGAACUACAGAAAGGUGUACUCUUGGAGAGUGGAAUGUGAGAAGUUCAAAGGGAUGAUUGCAAAAGUGAUGGAAAAUGCAAAUGAUGAUGAGAUAGAUGUUGGUGUUGAAGUGGAAGACCUGAAACCUGCUAAAUCCAAAAAUCAAACAACAACUUCAAGCAUGGAGUCAGCAGAAUGCCAAAUGGAUGAGCUCCUGAAGUCAUCUGCUGAAUCAACCAUGGUAGGAAGUGUGUCUCAUCCAGGAACAGAAUCUCUUCCAGAGAUUAGAGAGAAAUUCUUUUAUUUAGUUGGGAAACGCUAUUUACAGACUAUGAAACCACAGAGUAAGAAGGAGUAUGAUGAGUUUAUAGAUUACUUGCAAAAACUGGGAGCUAUCAUGACACGUGUACGGCGUGGAAGUUUGGUUAUAACAGUUAAGUGUGAAUCUCUCCAGAUCUUGGAGGACUUGUGGAAAGAUUAUUCAUCUGGUCAUCUUGGUGAAGUGGUUCAAAACUGUUUUGUGACUGAAAAGAUCUUGAAGGAACUGAACCUGGCAGAACUGAGGCUGAAAACAACAAUUGACACAGAAGACUACAAUGCAUGUAAAGUGUACUUUGAGAAAGUUGCACACAGAGAACAAGAAGAGCUACUUGAUCUCAAACUUCAAAGAAUGAAAGGUAUUCCACCCCUUACUGCAAUACCCACCACUGGUCAUGAAGAAGAACUAGAAGAACCCACAGAAAAGAUAGGGAAUUGGGAAGAACCUGAGGACCCCCCUGUUAAAUUUAGGAGAAUGGAAGGUUUUUCACCCUUUCAUGAAAUGUCCACCAUUGGUCAGGAAAAAGGAGGAGAAGAACUGGAAGAAACUCUGAAAGCCACCUGGCCUCUCCUUGGACCUUCCACCUCUGAUCUUAAAGAAGAAUUAGAAGAGCUUCGUUUGAAACCUCAAGGAAUGGAAGAUCAGAAACUAAAUAUCAAGGUUGACGUGGAACAUGUGAAACUUGCAGAUCAUGACACCUGCAGCACAGCUUCAGUUUCCACAAUGGAGCCAGCAGAAUGUCAGAAGGUAUCCAUAGCAUCAGGUGCACGCAGAAAAAGACCAUCUGAUACAGAUUUAGAAGAUGUCCAACCACUUGAAAAGAAAGUCCUGUGUUUAAUUGCUAUGAAUUACCUUCAUACUACACCACCAGAAAGCAGGGAUGAAUGCAAUGAGUUUCAGGAAUACUUGCUAGACAUGAAGGUCCACAUCACAUGUGUUUCUGUAGGAAGUUUAGUGAUAACAGUAAAGUGCAAUUCUCUCAAGAGCUUGGAGGAAUUGUGGGAAGAUUACUCCUGCGGCCUUUUGGGUAAGAUGGUGCGAGAUUGUUUUGUGACUGAAAAGAUCUUAAAGGAACUGAACCUGGCAGAGCUAAAGCUGAAGACAACAAUGGACAUAGAAGAGUACAAUGCAUGCAAAUUGUACUUUGAGAAGAAUGCACCCAGAGGUGCUUUAUCCUCUGAAUUCCACCCCAUAAGUUCAACCAGUAAAAGUUCACAAAAACAAGAAGAGCUGAAAAAAUGGAAACAGAAGACAAAGAUUGAGAAGACAGAGAAAAUGAAAGGUACUCCACCCCUCACUGUAAUAAGCACCACUGGAAAAAGAAAAGAACUAGAUGAAUCUACAGGAAAGACAGUUACGUCACCUUCAGCUGUAUAUUUCACUACUGGUCAUGAAAAAGAAAAAAUAUUGAGACAUGAAACUAUGAAACUUCAGGAAAAGAAAGGUACUUCACUCUCCACCAAACUGUCCACUGUUGGUCAUGGAAAAGAACUGGAAGGAAAACUGAAAACUAUGAAACUUCAGGAAGAGAAAAGCAUCUUGCCUCUCUUUGAAGAAGAACCAGAAGGGCUACUUAUGAAACUUCAAAGAAGGAAAGGUAGUUCACCCUCUGUUGUAUUGCCCCCUGCUGGACAGAAAAAAGAACUGGAAGAAAGACAGAAAACUAUGAAAAUUCAGGGAGAGAAAGGUUCUUUACCUUCCCCUCCUCUCCCCACCACUGAUCUUGAAGAAAAGCUAGAAGAAGUAUGUGUGGAACUUAUGAGGCUGAGAAAGGAAGGUACUUUAGUUGUUCCUGAAUCUUCAACCAGUUAUCUUGUGAAAAAAUUAGCAGAACUACGCAUGGAACUUAUAAGGGUCAGAAUGGAAGGUACUCUGCCUCCCCCUGAACUCUUCACUGCUAAACUUGAAAAAGAACUGAAAGUACUACAUGCGAAACUACCGAGACAAAGUUGGGAAGAUAGUCGUCUUCUAAUCUCGACCUUUAACAGAGACGUAAAAGAACUUCUCAGGAAACUGCAGGAAAAGAGGAUGGAAGCAUUAGAGAACACCAUGUAUCCAAUCAUUAGAUCAGGACUGGCGAAGUUUGAUGUCAGUUUACCCGAGGAACUCCAGAGCUAUGUCAGCUACUUAUUCAAUGAGUCAGCCAAACUUGGCCUACGCAAGCGAGCACUCCAUUCCCUUAAUGCCGUGGAGGAAUUACAAGAAGCAGUGGAUGAGUACGAAUUGAAAACAUUCCUUAGUAUUCACAUCAGAGAAGGUGCAUGGCAGGUGGCGCUGCUGUUUAUGGAUGAACUUUCUUAUAAUAAACUCCCAUGGGACUGGUUUUUUGACGCGUGGUACCGGUGGGAGGAGGAGGAGGAGAUUAUUGGUUUAUCGUUAUACAGUUCGACGUCAGGCAUUUUGAAGGCGUGGCCAACAGAGUACGACCCUGAUUUGGUAACAUUGUGUAAAGCGAUCACCGACAGGGACUGGAAAGUAACUGGAUUAAUCCUUUCUUGUAGUCGGAUAUCUGAAGAAGGUUUGAAGAACUUGUGUACAGCUCUUACUCAGGGCGAACUUUACUGCUUGACACUGUAUCGCAAUGGUUUACAAAGUCAGAGAUUAGAACACCUCUGCGAAGUGCUGAUCAGUAGGGACUGCAAUUUAACCAGCUUAAACGUCUCUGGCAAUUGGUUAGGAGAUGAAGGAAUAAUGUGUUUGUGUAACGUGCUCACCAGUGUCGACUGCAAGUUAACCAGUUUGAACGUCUCUGACAGUCGGUUAGGGGAUGAAGAAAUAAUGCAGUUGUUUACUGUCCUGACCAGCAGUAACUGCACCUUAACCAGGUUAAACGUCAGUUUGAAUAGAGCAGGAGACAGAGCAGUAAAGGACUUUGCUAGAGCUUUAACUAACAAGAACUGUGCAUUAACGAGUUUAGAUAUCAGUUGCAAUCAAAUAAGAGAUGAAGGAAUAAAGUACUUGUGCAAAGCCUCAACUGAUCCCAACUGCAAACUGAGGAGCCUGGACCUCAGAUGGAAUGGGAAGGUAACAGACGCGGGCAAACAGUGUUUGUCUGAAGCGAUAACUGGCACUGACUGGGAAGUUAGAGGAGGCCUGACACUUUCCCGUUCUAUUAAGUCAGAGGCAUAGAGCUCGGAUAGGCUCCUCUUGCUACUUAUCGCCUGUCACGUAAUAAUUUCAUUUUUAUAAAGGUUAGAAUUAUUGUUCAACGCGUGCUUUUUAAACAACUGUGAAUAUAUGAUAAUUAAUUAGAUACAGAAUUAGUCAGACAACUAACACUUUGACCGUCUCCAUCCGUUGUCGAUCAAAUUGUGUUCUAAAUGGCUCAGUGUGGGGGAGAAAACGAUUUUCAUCAACAACUGUUGUCUGACAAACGAUUUUAAAAUCUUUACUGAUCUUUUGUGCUUGUUAAGUUCAUUUCAGAAAGUAGGUUGUAAAUAGGCCUUUUUCCGUAUAAGGGGAUCUUUAGGAUACCAAGAAUAUUGAAUUUUGUUUUUAGAAGUUGUUGAUGAAUAUCUUUGUCUUCUAAAAGAGAACGACAGAUGAGAUGACAAUAUGUUUGCUUGAUUUUAAUAGCAGAUGAUUUGUCUUUAAUAGUUUUAAAAGUACUAUUUAGCAGCUUUAUUCAUUAUGCUCUCAUUCUUGUUUACCUUGUGCUCAUUCCUCUUCAGCUUGUACUCGAACGUGUGCUUUUUUUCAGUUGAUGGUUUUAUUAAGAGCUUAGUUAAGUAUUACUGUACAAAUUGCUUCUGUUAGGAAAUUAUUUUGCGGGCAACGUAGUUUUUUUUUUGAGUGUAAUUUUUUUUUUCAGUGAAAUGGAAUAGUUCAGGGUAUAGGGUGACAUAAUCACAUAAUCUAAUUGAUAAAAUCGGAAGUUGUUGUUUUA